CUUUUCUGUCGGGACUUACACAUCUCCGAAGUUGUUUCCCAGCAGAGCCAAUCGAAAUCGACAAUUUCCCUCUCCAAUGGGGCCAUCUGGCAUCUACAAUCAUUCUUAACUUAAAAGCAUACUCAUAGCCACCCUCCUAAGACCCUUCCCUGCGUUCCCUUGUACGCCAAAUUCAUGUAACCCAACGCUCCCCGUCCUUCAACUACAAUCAGGAGCUAAUCUGGCAAGGAAAGCGGGAUUCAUUCAUGAAGACACAAACACCUCCUUGCCGAAGCAAGGGGUCCGAAAUGGGGAUGCGUGGUGGUUCUGGAACGGUAUGGGCUUCGCUGCAUAUCGUGGUCAUGGUCGCGGCCACCAUGAUCAUGUCGGUGAGUGCAACCCCACCGGCAGAUCCCAUUAGGUGCACCUCAAGCGGCUGCACCAUAACCAAUUCCUAUGGGGCCUUCCCGGACCGAAGCACGUGCAAAGCAGGGGCCGUGGCAUACCCGACGUCGGAAGAAGAGCUCGUGUGGGUAGUGGGGAAUGCGACGAAGUCCAAGAGGAAGAUGAAAGUGGUGACCCGCUUCUCCCAUAGCAUCCCAAAGCUCGUGUGUCCGGACGGGGAGGAGGGGCUGCUGGUGAGCACCAAGUACAUGACGAGGAUAGUAAGGGUGGACCAAGAAGGGAUGAGGAUGAGCGUGGAGGGAGGGGUGACGCUGAGGCAGUUGAUCGAGGAGGCGGCCAAGGUGGGAAUGGCGCUGCCGUAUGCGCCCUACUGGUGGGGUUUGACAAUCGGAGGGAUGCUGGGGACGGGCGCGCAUGGCAGCUCCCUGUGGGGGAAGGGGAGUGCGCUGCACGACUACGUGGAGGCGAUGCGGAUAGUGAUCCCCGGAGGGCCUGGAGAUGGUUACGCCAGGAUCAGGACGCUGGAUGUGAACACAAAAAGCACUCAUGCAGAGAUGAACGCAGUCAAAGUGUCGCUUGGGGUUCUAGGAGUCAUCGCUCAGGUAACCCUAAAGCUACAACCAUUAUUCAAACGAUCGUUAACAUACUCGAUCAAGGGUGACUCAAACUUGGGAGAACAAGCGGCCAAUUUCGGCAACCUACAUGAGUUUGCAGACAUUAUCUGGUAUCCAAGUCAACAAAAGGUAGUUUAUCGCAUUGACAAUCGAACAACUCUCGAUGCAUCUGGCAAUGGGCUCUACGAUUUCAUCCCAUUCCGAGCCACAUCUUCCCUCACUUUGGCACUAGUCAGAUCCACCGAGGAACUGCAAGAGUCCAUAAACGAUGCCAACGGAAAAUGCAACGAUGCAAAGCUAAUUUCUUCUACCCUCGAGACGGAUGCUUACGGGUUGACAAACAACGGUAUUAUCUUCAGUGGAUAUCCCGUGAUUGGGUAUCACAACAGGUUGCAAUCCUCAGGCACUUGUCUGGACAGUCCCCAUGAUGGUCUGAUAACUGCUUGUCCGUGGGAUCCGCGAGUCAAGGGUGAGUUCUUUCACCAAACCACGUUCAGCAUCGGACUCUCUAUGGUAAGGAGCUUCAUCGAAGACAUCCAACAACUCGUCACACUAGAGCCUAAAGCAUUGUGCGGAGUUGAGCUCUACAACGGCAUCCUCAUGCGUUAUGUCAAGGCCUCCAGUGCUUACUUGGGCAAGCAAGAGGACGGGAUAGACUUCGACAUCACUUACUACAGAAGCAAGGAUCCGCUGAGCCCGAGACUAUACCAGGAUGUGCUCGAAGAAAUAGAACAGAUGGCGCUGUUCAAGUACGGUGCGCUACCUCACUGGGGGAAGAAUAGGAAUUUGGCGUUCGAUGGAGCGAUCAAAAGAUAUAAAAAAGCCCAGGAGUUUUUGAAAGUGAAGGAGACGUAUGAUCCUUUGGGGCUGUUCUCUAGCGAAUGGACAGACCAAGUUCUCGGCGUCAAGGAGGGGGUGAGCAUAGUCAAGGAUGGAUGUGCGCUCGAGGGACUGUGCAUUUGUUCACAGGACGCACACUGCGCACCCAACAAGGGCUACUAUUGCAAGCCGGGAAAAGUUUAUAAAGAGGCCAGAGUUUGUACUCGAACGAGCGUCAAAGCACAGUAGAGACCUCACAUCAUCAUUCUGAGAUCUCAAUGUGCAAACCAAACUUGCUCAACUCCAUCCGUUCGCUUUAAUUGUGCAUUGUGUUUGCCAAUACGUGGACUUCGAUCCAUUUGGAUGGAGAAUGAGACGACGAAAUUAGAAAAGUCAUCGAUUGCUAUGGGAGGAAAUCAAUUUAAGAUGUAUUGGUAUUGUUCUUGGCGUAGAGUCACAGUUGCCUUAGGCGACUGCUUACUGUCAUUUGCUAGUACCCAAAAAGGCCACGCCAUACGAAUGAAAAUCGUUUGGGUCCGUAACUGUCGAAGCGAACGGCGUUAUGUUGUUUUCGCUCAUUGACAUAAGAAGAACAAACCAAAGUUAAAAAGGGGGGC